UCUUUUUUCCCAAAAAACAAACAUAACGAUUAACCAGCAGCUGUAACACCAUUUCAAUGGGGAAAAAACCUCUGAUUCUAAUUGCAUGCAAAUCUCAGUCCAAAUUCUAAAGAAAGGAAUUCUGUCUUCCCAUUCUUGAAAAAACCAAGACAUGCAGAAAGAUUACUACAAUGGCACUAGCAGACCAACCUGCACACAGAUCCUCGUAGCCUCUUCCAUCGGGUUGAUCAUCGCGGCCGCGAUGCAUUACCGUCUCAAGAAGCUAAGAGAUCAAAAGAUCGUUCCUCGGAUUAAAAUAUCAGAUUCCGGCCAGGUCGAGAAGCUUGAGCGUUUCUCCCACUAUGUAGCUAGGCAAAUGGGAUUUGCAGAUAGAAGAGAAUGUCCACAUCUGUGCAAGUUGGCAUCUGAUUAUAUUAGGAAAUCUGAAGGGUGUGAAGAAAAUAUAUAUGCUUUCUUUGCUGAUGAACCGGAUGCGGAUUCGCUGUAUAUAAAGCUGGUGGAGGAGUUGGAGAGGUGCAUCCUCAGUUACUUUGCAUUCCAUUGGAGCCAAGCACAUCAAAUGAUUAGCCAGGUACUGGGUGCUGAUUCUGAGCCAAAAAAGAAGCUCAAACACAUUGUCAUGGCAGCAACGAGGGAACAGAGAUUUGAAAGGGUGACGAAAAACCUGAAGGUGGCGAGAGUGUUCAAUACGUUGGUGGAGGAGAUGAAAGCCAUCAGAAUUGCAUCGGCGGUUGAUGAUUCGCAGUGUACGGAUGUGAUGGCUCCUGUGGACCACAAAGAUAGGAGCCCGCUUCUCCUCCUCAUGGGUGGUGGGAUGGGAGCUGGAAAGAGUACUGUGCUCAAGGACAUUCUCAAAGAACCAUUGUGGUCAGUAGCAGCGGGGAACAUGGUGAUUAUAGAAGCUGAUGCCUUCAAAGAGUCGGAUGUCAUUUACAAAGCCCUCAGCUCUCGAGGCCAUCAUGACAUGCUUCAAACGGCUGAAUUGGUGCACCAAUCAUCUACUGAUGCAGCAUCAUCCCUGCUGGUAACAGCGCUCAAUGAAGGGAGGGAUGUGAUCAUGGAUGGAACACUCUCUUGGGUCCCUUUUGUUGUGCAGACAAUAACCAUGGCCAGGAAUGUUCACCGGCGCCGUUACCGAAUGGGAGCUGGUUAUAAGGUGGGUAAAGAUGGAGUUGUGACUGAAAGCUACUGGGAACAGACCGAAGAAGAAGUAGAACAAGAUGGAACUAAGAAGAGAAGACCAUACAGGAUAGAGCUCGUUGGAGUUGUUUGUGAUGCUUAUUUAGCUGUUAUUAGAGGCAUAAGGAGAGCUAUUAUUUGCAGAAGAGCUGUGAGGGUGAAAUCACAGUUAAAAUCACACAAGAGAUUUGCAAAUGCAUUUACAACAUACUGUCAACUAGUAGAUAAUGCAAGGUUAUACUGUACCAAUGCUUUGGAAGGCCAGCCUAAGUUGAUAGGAUGGAAAGACAGGGACAAGACAUUGCUAGUUGAUCCAGAUGAGAUAGACUGUUUGAAGAGGGUAGGCAGGUUGAAUGAUGAGGCAAACUCCAUUUAUGAACUUUACAAGCGCCCAAACCCAGCUUACGCAGCUGGAUCAGUUUGGAAAGACAUUGUCUUGUCACCUUCAAGAUUGAACAUUCAACAAGAGCUAAAGUAUUCAAUCCAGAAAGUUGAAAGACAGAAACGAUAGAUAGAUACUGCAAAGGAAUGAAGCAAUAUUAAACUGCUUACGGUGCACGACCCAGGAGAUAGUAGGUGAAGGAUCCAUAUUUUCUGGUAAGGUUUAUGAACAGAACAUAGUUUGUAAUCUGGGCUGUAUUAAACAUUGUAUAGCUCAAAUGUAGAUUCAUUUUGCCUUC